UGUUGGUCUCUGUGAGAAGCGUUGGUGGUUGAACUGUGUGAGGCCGUUGGUGAGAGUUCCUAAAAGAGAAAGAGAGAGAGAGAGAGAGAGAGAGAGAGAGAGAGAGAGAGAGAGAGAGAGAGGGGGGAGGGAGGAGGCUGAGAGUUGGGAGGAGCAGAGGGACCGUUUGGAGUGGAGGUAGAGUGAAGAGGAUCGAUGGAAAACUGAGUGAGAGAGCCGAGAUUACCUGCCGAGUCGCAGCGGCUGCGACCAGGGCGCGGCGACCAUGUCGGCUCGUCGCUCCUCCGAGCGGCGUCACGUGGACUUCCGGUUCCGGACCGAACCGGAAGUGGCCUCCUGGCGGCCCGGAGGUGGCCGUCCGGAGACGGUGCCCCUGCUCACCUUCUCCCCGUCUCCCAAUGUGGAUCCGGAGCACAGCGGCGGCGGCAGCACGGGCCCCAGCUCUCCGGCGUCCCUCUCUGCCAGCUCGUCGCCGCAGGGCACGCCGUACCGACCCUGCUCGUCGCCCCAGGGCAUGUACACGGCCGCCGACCUGCUGCGGGGCUGUACCGACCUGCAGUUCGCCGACUCAGCAAACGGCUCCCCAAGUCCCGACGAGCUAACACUGGAGUUGGCACGGGCGAAGCUGAGGAACGAUCCCAGUCUGUUGGCUGCGGCGAACAAGGUAGUGCAGGAUGUACUGAGAAAGGCUCGGGAGGAGGCCCGGAGGAGGGUCAAACAGGAGGAGGACGCCGCUCAGAUGCCGUUCGUCGGCGCUGAGUCGGACCGGUCCGGUUCCCUCCCGUGCGGAGCGGCGGCGGCCUCCUCACAGCGGAGACGCACUGCCUGGGAGCGGAGGUUACGUGCCAUCGUCUGUACCUUCUUCUCCUGCUUCGGCAUACGCCGAGGGUCCUUCUGAUUGUCUGAAGGAGCUCUGGGGAUGUGGUUAGCUGUGACAUCUCGACAUCCGCUGCGGGUUCUUCUGAUGGUCUGAAAUAGCUCUGGGGAAGAGGGUGUUUCUGUUCUACGUGAGUUAUAGGUAUUCCUAAGGCAGAUAGGAUGGUUAAAGUGGUAUUUAAUUGCGGGCCUUUAUUGCGCUUAGAGUCUUCCCUCACACGUAAUUUCAGUAUUCUGAAAGAAGUUUUCGACGGGCAUGCUUAUCUUGCGCUGCAUGUUUUUAGUCUGAUUGGAAUGCUAAUUUGGUUCAUUUCUUUUCCGUCAAAUCAUCAAAUAAUCUUCAAAGGGACGCGUUGGUAGCCAAAUGAUGGCUCCUUGUGCGGCUCUCGAACAACGUAAUUAAAGCCGCUUAAAAUGAUAAAAAGCUCUUCCAAAAAGGAUAUUAUGUGGGACUGCUACUGCGGCCCCUGUUUACUUAAACUGCUUUUAUUUGUUCAGAGACCUCAAAACUGGUAAGUUGAUGUCCGAAGACGUACGCGCUGCUGUUUGGCGUUACGUUUUUGUGUCUCUUGCCAAUUUGAAAACGUGAAAUCGGUACCCAUUGCACAGCACAAGGCUAUCAUUUACGAAUUCGUUUCUAGAACCGGUGAUAGGUACAGCGCUCCAAUGCUUUAAUCCACCUGAUUAGACAGAUCUCAAGAGGUCCUCUGUAUACGGAAACUGAGACUGUGACCGCCACGAAUCGCGAUGUGGGCCUGCGGCACCCACAUCGACCUGCAUCUGUUAUGGGACUGCUGCAGGUUCAUGAGACAGCUCUAUCUCGAAGGUCUUCUGUAAGCCGCCUGGCUAUCCCCCAAAGUGACGUGUCCGUGCCACAGAACGUGCGGCUUCCCCGCCCUCAGUGGACUGACGGAAUGUUUCCCCCACUGUCCGACUCUUGUUCAUGGAUCUCAGUGGCAGCCUGCCUGCGAAGUUCUGUCUCCAGAAUGGAGACAGCGCGAUUCAGCGCAAUGUCGAGGACCUACUUUUAGAGUGAUGUUCUUUAGGUUUGUGUGUGCACUGCGGUGAUGUGAACAGAUGACCAGAUGUUAAUGUAGGAAAAAAGGGGAGGACAAGAUGCUGAUGGAGGGUUGGCUGGGGGAUGGGGCACAGACGGGGGGGGGGGGGGGGCUGUCGCACCAUCAGAGAACUGACUAGCUCCACGUCGGGGAUACAUGUUGGAUGACUCCAUGACCCGUGCGAACUGUGUUCAUAUCAUGUUGAGAUGAGCGACUGAGGAAUGUAGGCAAAGUGCGUGUUCCCCAUUUGUACCCUAGGUAGGUCUGUGCCGUAAGGACUGUGCGAGUGGUGCGUUUGACAUUUCCCUCUGCCUUAUAAGCCCAUAGAAAUCCGAUAUUUUCUUCAAAGUUUAAAACACUAGUAAGAAGGAGAAGUUUUUUUAAUGAUCACUAUUUCGUGCAAAACAUGUAAACCGAUAGCUCUUGAAACCACAUACCUAGCAUUUCGCCGAUAGCCCGACGGUUUAACUUUUUAAAUAUGUUGUGAAAGAGGAUGCGAUGCAAGCCUUUCACUCAUAUCCCGAUCGCACCUCCCAUAGGUACAGCCAGUGCUAUCACUCGAAACCUCGCUAUUUUUGUACUUGACGCUGUGAGCUCUUUACUCUGGUGAAGGAAAGAUAUACUAGGUAACCGGCGUUGGCUUACUAGAGCGAUUCUCAGGAGGCUCGAUGCUCGUUAGGGCGUGGUGCAGCGGAGUGGAUGUCCUGGCUGUUUUCACUGAAGCGAAAGAGCGCUGUGGUAGUGAUAGCGAUUGUGUGGUAUUUGGACCCUGACUGUUUUCUGUUUGUACCUAUCGUGAUGAGUUUGUAUGGAUGGUUGUGCUACAACUCACGUCGCGCUGAGAAGUUGAUCAGCUCGAGCCUGUGAGCACCUGCCGAGCGCGAUGAAUGUUACAUGUUUCUAAAGCCAACAUCUGAAUGUAGUGUUCUGUGGUAUUUGAC